GGGUACGAGCUCUUUACUGCCCUGAAUACUUGUGGCCAAGGAGAAGAGAAGGUCCAGGAAUCUGUGUUCACAGAUACCAUCUGACAGGAAAACAAGCAACAAACCAGUGUUUGUACAGGAAAAGACAAAAGCAUGCAAAAGUCCUGCAAUGAAAACGAAGGAAAGCCCAAGUGCAGUGAGCCAAAGAGGGAGGGGGAACAUCCCUGUGGAGCAUUUGAAGGCCAGCGACUGGAAGGCAAUUUCAGACAGAGGCUUCUUCAGUCUCUUGAAGAAUUUAAAGAAGACAUAGACUAUAGGCAUUUUAAAGGUGAAGAAAUGACAGGAGAGGAAGAAGAGAUGGAAAGGUGUUUGGAAGAAAUAAGAAGUCUGAGAAAAAAAUUUAGGGCUCUGCAUUCUAACCGUACCCAUUCUCGGGACCAUCCCUUUUAAUGCAGUGGCCUCAGAAAUCAUUUUCUGUUAUUAAUGUUCCCACUGCUUUCUGUUUUCACAAAUAUCUGCUAUCAUUUCACUUUUAUACUUUGGUUUUGGUUACAGCCAUGUAUAAACCUCAUGCUGUCCACAUCUCACCUUUCAAUUUCACCUCACCGACUUAAUAAGAAGUUUUGUUUGUUUAUAUGAAAAGACAGUCAUCUGGUAGUUUAUUGUAAACCCCAAACUGCAAGCUAAAAGUCAUUAUGUGUAUGCUUUAUGUGUUCACUUAUGUGUGAUAGCCAAAGAGCUUACUCUAUGUGAUCUGGAUUCUCUGUCUUACUUCCCAAAAGAUGAAUAUAUUCAUAUCUGUAUAUGUACUAUUAAUUUUGUGUCACAAAAGGAAAACAAUUAGACAUGAAUGAAAUUGGUUUUUCAAUUGUGUUAGGAAAGCAGUGAAGCGGCAAACUUUUAAUAACAGAAUUAUAAGAAAGGCAUGUUAAUUGUCACCUGCCUUUGGAUUUCUUAGCCAGAGGAAUAAAGUGACCAUUAUAAAAU